CAUGCGUCAUGGCGUCACUUCCUGUUCCAAUUGGCAGUUGCAGUUGCCGGAGCGCCAUGUUAUUUCAAACAAAAGAAACAACUUCACUGCCUUCCUAACAGUUCAUGACAGGCUGAAACACAAUGGCGGAAUAUAACCUGCUUCUCAGCUUCUCAUAAACCGGAGAUUUUCAUAAUGCCUUUUCCAAUUACCAAUCAGGUGCAAGCAGUACAGCAGACCCCAAGGCAUUAUGGGAUCACGUCUCCUAUCAGCUUGGCACCGCCUAAAGAGGCCGAUCUGGUUCUUACGCGAAAGCUGACAGAGACACUUCGACCCUUCGGUGUCUUUGAGGAGGAGAUGGAGCUGCAGCGGAGAAUCCUAGUGCUUGGGAAGUUAAAUAUGUUGGUUAAGUUGUGGAUCCGUGAAGUCAGUGAAGCUAAGAAUAUUCCAGCAUCAGUGAUUGAUAGUGUUGGUGGAAAAAUCUUCACGUUUGGAUCCUACAGGCUUGGAGUUCAUACGAAGGGUGCUGAUAUUGAUGCUCUCUGCGUUGCACCGCGACAUGUGGACAGAUCAGACUUCUUCUCUUCGUUUUAUGAGAAAUUAAAGGAGCAGGAGGAAGUCAAAGACUUGAGGGCAGUGGAGGAAGCAUUUGUACCUGUGAUAAAGCUGGCUUUUGAUGGCAUUGAGAUUGACAUACUGUUUGCCCGACUAGCACUACAAACCAUUCCAGAGAACCUGGAUUUGCGAGAUGAUGGCUUACUUAGGAACCUUGACAUUCGCUGCAUCCGAAGUUUGAACGGUUGCAGAGUGACUGAUGAGAUUCUUCACCUGGUGCCCAACAUUGAGAAUUUCAGACUGACUCUUAGAGCCAUCAAAAUGUGGGCCAAACGUCAUAAUAUCUACUCGAAUAUCCUUGGUUUUCUUGGGGGCGUAUCGUGGGCCAUGCUGGUGGCAAGAACCUGCCAACUCUACCCCAACGCUGUGGCUUCCACCCUGGUCCACAAGUUCUUCUUGGUUUUCUCAAAGUGGGAAUGGCCAAACCCUGUCCUUCUGAAGCAGCCUGAAGACUGUAAUCUCAACCUCCCAGUCUGGGAUCCCAGAGUAACCCCCAGUGACCGGUACCACCUCAUGCCAAUCAUCACGCCAGCUUACCCUCAACAGAAUUCCACUUACAAUGUCUCAGCAUCUACUCGGGCCAUCAUGGUGGAAGAGUUCAAGCGGGGUCUUGCAAUCACGGAUGAAAUAUUGCAGAAUAAAGCAGAUUGGUCCAAACUAUUUGAAGCACCAAACUUCUUUCAGAAAUACAAGCAUUAUAUAGUGUUGCUAGCAAGCGCACAGACAGAGAAGCAGCACUUAGAGUGGGUGGGCCUCGUGGAAUCAAAGAUCCGAAUCCUGGUGGGAAACCUGGAGAAGAAUGAGUUUAUCACACUCGCCCAUGUGAAUCCACAGUCAUUCCCGGGACCAAAAGAGGGAACUGACAAGGAGGAGUUCAGCACAAUGUGGGUAAUAGGUAUUGUGUUUAAAAAAAUGGAGGGAUCAGAAAAUCUUAACGUGGAUCUGACGUUUGACAUCCAGUCCUUCACAGACACAGUUUACCGGCAGGCGAUCACUAGUAAAAUGUUUGAGCAAGAUAUGAAAAUCACAGCCAUGCAUGUGAAGAGGAAACAACUGCAUCAACUACUUCCGAAAGUCGCCAUUCAAAGGGGCAAGAGAAAGCAUUCGUCUGAUGGCCUUCGUGUGAUGAAUGACGGCAGUCUUGACCUAUCGGUCGACAGUGACAACAGCAUGUCAGUGCCCUCCCCAACGGGCCCUUCAGCUGCCAAGAGCGCCCGUGCCUCCAGCCCUCAGGGUUCCACUGGGACGGCCACAAACAGCUCAGAUUUGCAGGGAAAAACGGACACCUCAAGUGGAAGCACGCUCCUGACUGGUGCAGUGGAUGGCACUAAACCCGAUAAUGUUGGGACUUCCAGCAGCAACUCCCCGCAAAAGGGGGCUGCUGCACUAAAGAGGCCUGCCUCACCCCUUCAGCAAGAUUUGGAGAAGAAACCCAAAGUGGACAGUGUACAACAGAACCCUAAUCCUAGUCCAUGUUUACCUGCUGGCCCUGCCAAGAAGAGACCUGCCUCACCCCUUGGGAAUGAGACAUCCAAGAAAGCCAAAGUAGAGGAUUUCUCAACCCCAGAAGCAAAGUCCUCAGGUGAAACUGAUGGUCAUGUAGCUGUGGAUCCAGCGAUCGUUGAAGUGGUUCCUUCAGAUGGUGAAUUUAAAACAGAGACUGAAUUAACGGCGGUGGACAUAGCAGAGAAGAUACCGCUUACCCAGCGAACUUCCAGCGCUGAUCUGUCGGACGUCCCAGUCCUCCCGACCAACCCCAUCGCCGUGGUCAAGAACUCUAUCAAGCUGAGACUCAGCAGGUAGAAGCAGCCUAAUCUUUUGCCCCGUCUCGUACUCAGGAGGUGAAAGUCCCCUCGGUUCCUGCCCAUGUGCAACGCGGCUCUCCACAAGGGGGCAGCUCUGUUCUUCCACAAACUUCCCUGUGUCCUCUCUCUCUCUCGCUCUCUCUCCCUUCCUCCCCUUCCGUACACUGCAAAAAGAUGUCAUACACAAAAACCUCAAUGUGAUUUAAUGUGUUUGUGUGAUUUGGUGCACAUGCUUUGUAAAUCCGAUCAUAUCCUUCUGUUUUGACCUGAAAGACAGUGACGCUUUGCUUUUUUUCUUUUACUUCUUUUUCUUUUGUAAUCCAUAAAGAGGCAUGUAAUUAUAUUCCAGGGUAAAGUUGGUCCGUUGGAGACCAAUCCACAAUAUUGUACAGAGCUGAAGGUGUAGAUGAGCAUCAAACCGUGCUCAGUAGGUGGAGAUGCAUUGAAUCAACAUGAACUAAUGACAGUACUAAUCUGACAGCGGAGGACAUAGCUAGCUCAUCCAGAUGAUUCUAGCUCACUAAUGCAGCUGUAAUUUAACCAAAUCAGUCUGAGAUUAGUGUAAACACCAUCGUUUUGCUCCGCCAUCUUAGCAGGGCAUUAAUUAUGGGUGUUAUUAGGAGUGGAAUAGUUAGUAUUCCCAGCAUGCUUUGAUUCGUGCUCUGAGGAGACCAGUGCUGGCCGUUCAUUUAGGCUUGUUUUACCAUGUGUAUAUAUAUAUAGAGAGAGACAACAAUAUUGAAACCUUUAUUUGCUUACAACAGCUUGCUUUUCCUGUUCUAUACUGGGAUUUUCCUAAUGUGGAAUCGAAGAUGCAUUUCGAAUGAUCAAUGUGAUUUAAAAUGGCAGGUCAACUCGUUUCCUGUUGACCUGAUUUUGAGGAUGUGGACGUGUAAAUGUAAUGACGAAAAAAGAUUGAUUUAAGUUUCAAACGAAUGUUGGUUUAUUGGGGCAGGAGAGUGAUUUUGUUCAUUUUUGAAAUCUGUACAAACUUUUCUUACUCCGUGUUUUGUCUUGAUGGUCUGUGUUGACUGUGGAUUCGUGUAACGGUAAAGCUGCCGCCCCAGGAACACCCGUCACGGCACAGAUUCACUCCUGUGAAACGCCUCCUAUGGCCUUGCAAUGUUCUUUCAGUUCUUUCAUAUGCUUAUUUGUAAGGACAAGGUAUUGUACUUUUUCACAAAUAAAAGUCUACGUUGUUGCAAAAAGAAA